UUUACACGUUCUCUCCUCCCUCAUCUGCCUGCUCCAGCCGUCAGGACCGGGAACCUGGCCAAGUUCAACCAGGUCCUCGACCAGUUUGGGGACAAGUUCCAGGCCGAUGGCACCUACACCCUGAUCAUCCGCUUGAGGCACAACGUCAUCAAGACAGGUGUCCGGAUGAUCAGCCUCUCCUAUUCCCGCAUCUCCCUGGCUGAUAUCGCCCAGAAGCUGCAGCUGGACAGCCCGGAGGACGCGGAGUUCAUUGUAGCCAAGGCCAUCCGGGACGGCGUGAUCGAGGCCAGCAUCAACCACGAGAAGGGCUACGUGCAGUCCAAGGAGAUGAUCGACAUCUACUCGACGCGGGAGCCGCAGCUGGCGUUCCACCAGCGCAUCUCCUUCUGCCUGGACAUCCACAACAUGUCGGUCAAGGCGAUGAGGUUUCCACCCAAAUCCUACAACAAGGACUUGGAAUCUGCAGAGGAGCGCCGGGAGCGCGAGCAGCAGGACCUGGAGUUUGCCAAGGAGAUGGCAGAGGACGACGACGACGGCUUCCCGUGACCCUCUGGCCCGGCUCCACUUUUUUUUAAACGGUCCCGAGGGAAGAUGCCGUCUCGAGCGGAGCUGCCUCCACGGCCCCGGUCCCCGAUCCACCUUUCUUUUAUAAAAUACCUGCAUGUCUGCACCGAGGGAGAGGGACACAGGGCUCCCCCGGGCCCGCGGCCACCG